AUGGCAACAGUGGUAGAACUGACUAUUGAGAAAAUCGACGAGGUGAAAUCUCGGCUUGGCAGAUCAUUGGGAACGCCGAUGCGAUUGCGGGAUUUGAUACGUCAAGUACGAGCAGCUCGUACGAUGGCUGAGGAGCGGGCUGUAGUUGAUCGAGAAAGUGCAAACAUUAGAGAGACAUUUCGAGAUGAUGACAGUCCGUGGAAAUGCAGAAAUAUUGCAAAACUAUUGUAUAUACAUAUGCUAGGUUAUCCUGCUCAUUUUGGACAGAUGGAAUGUAUGAAAUUAGUUGCGCAACCAAGAUACACCGAUAAGCGCAUUGGCUAUUUGGGUGCAAUGUUAUUAUUGGACGAACGUUCAGAAGUUCAUCUUCUUGUCACUAAUUCUUUGAAAAAUGACUUGAAUGCUUCAACACAAUUCGUAACGGGCCUUGCUCUUUGCACAUUAGGCUCAAUUUGUUCGUCAGAGAUGUGUCGUGAUUUGGCUGGUGAAGUUGAAAGGCUAAUUAAAUCCAGUAAUACCUACAUUAAAAAGAAGGCAGCUUUGUGUGCCUUUCGAAUCGUAAAAAAAGUGCCUGAACUCAUGGAAAUGUUCAUUUCGUGCACAAAAUCAUUAAUCAACGAAAAGAAUCAUGGCGUGUUAAUUGGUGGAAUAACUUUGGUUACCGAAAUGUGUGAGAAAAGCCCUGACGUACUAAACCAUUUUAAGAAAAUGGUGCCGAAUUUAGUUCGUAUCUUGAAAAACCUUUUAAUGAGUGGCUAUUCACCGGAACAUGAUGUGACGGGUAUCAGUGAUCCUUUCUUACAGAUUAAAAUCUUGAAAUUACUGCGUAUUUUGGGACGCUAUGACGCGAAAGCGAGUGAGGAAAUGAACGAUAUCUUAGCACAGGUAGCUACAAAUACAGAGACGUCAAAAAACGUUGGUAAUGCUAUUUUGUAUGAAACGGUGUUGACAAUAAUGGAAAUACGGAGUGAAAGUGGCCUUCGUGUUCUUGCAAUUAAUAUUCUUGGAAGAUUUUUAUUAAGUCCAGAUAAGAAUAUUCGAUAUGUUGCAUUAAACACUUUGUUAAAAACAGUGUUCGUGGAUUAUAAUGCAGUUCAAAGGCAUCGUACAACAGUUGUUGAUUGUCUAAAGGAUCCAGAUGUAUCAAUUAGAAGACGUGCAAUGGACCUUUGUUUUGCGCUGAUUAAUCAGACAAAUAUAACAAACAUGACGAAAGAAAUAUUGAUAUUUUUGGAAACUGCCGAUCCUGAAUUUAAAGCAGAAUGUGCCUCAAAAAUGUACAUUGCCACUGAAAAAUAUUCACCCAAUUACGGUUGGCAUCUUGACACGAUGAUCAAAGUGUUGAAAUUGGCAGGUAAUUAUGUGCCCGACGAAGUAGUUUCAUGCAUGAUUCAGCUGAUUUCAUCACACACGGAACUACAGCAUUAUGCAGCCAUACAACUUUAUCGAGCCGCACAGGCUGAUAUUGUUAAUGCCCAGCCACUAUUACAAGUAGCGUUUUGGACGAUUGGCGAAUUUGGUGAUAUCAUACUUCAAUUGAAUGAUGAUGACGUACUGAAGGUGGAAGAAUCGAGCAUUAUCGAUGUCUUUGAACGUGUGCUACCAAGUAAUUUGACAAAUAUUAUAACCAAGUCAUAUGCGUUAACUGCUUUAGCAAAACUGGAUACAAGAUUUAACGAGACAAAUAAUCGGAUUCGUCAGAUGAUUGAGUCAAAUAAGGGACAUCUUCAUCUCGAACUUCAACAACGAUCAGUUGAAUUUUCUCGUUUGUUGAAUUAUGGGGAAUUGAAAUUUGGCGUUUUGGAAAGAAUGCCUAUUAUUACACACAACACAUUGAAUGCAGCUGCACAACCAAUUGAAAGAGAUACCUCAAUAAAUGAAGCUUUUACAACUGAGAGCAAAUCAGAAACCACUAAUUUGCUGGGGGAUCUUGAAGCGCCACCAUUAUUGGAAUCUUCAGAAAAAAUGAAAGUAGCCGAGCCUUCGGAUUUGCUUGAUUUAAUGAAUCUUGAAGCAAACAUUAAUGGUCUAAUACCUGCAGAAAUUGUGAACGGCACCAAAACGAUCGAUUUGAUGGACGGUUUGAUUAAUAAUUCUUCGACAAAUAAAAUAUUUUCAAAACCAGCAGCAUCAACAUUGAACGAUUUGGACCCUUUCGACUUAUUUUCAACGGAUGCACCCAAAAAAACUUCACAGCCUUCAACGAUGGCAAUUAAUACUAAUGGCAUCGAAGGUGUUCUUUAUGUCGAUAGUGCUUUCAAUGAGAAUAGUGUGGCAGCAUUGAGGCUUCUCGUCACUAAUAAUAAUCCUUUACCUGUUGAAGCUUUCAACUUUCAAGCAGCCGUUACCAAGGCGUUUCAAAUAGAGUUGUUACCUCCAUCUAGUUCAAACUUACCAGCCAAUCGACAGGGUACGAUCAUACAGAUGAUAAACAUUAGAAGGAUAUCAUCUUCCCAUCCAUUGAAAAUGCGGAUCAAGGCAUUUUAUAAUAUCGAUGGGCGACAGCAGUUAAUAGAAUGUCUGGUGCCAAAAAUUGAAGGAUUAAGCUAA